AUGGCUUCUUACCACACUCGAUCUUUCAGUUUCCCCUCAAACUCUCACCCCGUUUCUGAGCAGUUGGAUCAACAAUUAAACAGAUUGAGAUCUUCUCAAGCUGCUUCUACUUCAUCCUUGACCACCAAACUUAGUGGUCUAAAUGAUUUAUACAAAUGUGUUGAAGAGUUUCUUCAACUACCCCAAAAUCAGAAAACCGUAUCUCAAUCUCAACAGGUAUUAGAUGGAUCUCUAAGACUCAUUGACAUUUGCUCAACAUCUCGAGAUGUCUUGGCAGUGUCAAAGGAACAAAUCCAAAACAUUCAAUCAGUUCUUCGAAGAAGAUGCAGCGGUGAACUUGACAUUACCAAUGAAGUCACUGAAUAUCUAAAAACCAGAAGAGCUUCCAAGAAGACAAUCAAGAAGUGCUUGAAAGAUAUCAAUGCAGUUGAGCCUGUUGCCAUUGAGGGCAUGCUCAAGGAUGUGCAAGCGUUGACUGCUGAAGUCUUUAACUCCUUGUUGUCUUACAUCGGUGGAUCACAGAAGAGUAGCUGGUCUUUCUUUAGCCAAAGAUCUGAGAAGAAAGCAGCAACAUCCUUUGAUGCUAUUGAUGCUCUUCUUGUGAAGAAAGUGAAUGUUGAUAUGUCACAACUAUUAAAUUUAGAGUCAGAAAUUCAAGAAAUUGACGAAGUUUUGGAAUCAUUGUUUAGGCAUUUGGUGAAGACCAGAUCAACUCUUCUCAAUGUCCUUAGCAACUAG